CCUAAGCUGGACCCGUAUUUGUUUACCUCCAACAUAGACUAAAUGCCUGGGGACUGAUAGCUAUCUGUGGACCCUCGGCCCCACAGCCUCUUCGUUCUCUCCACCUCCACGGCUUUGCAAAAGCGCUACACGCACGCGCAAGAAAAGAAGCAAGAGGACUGCGACCGAGGAAGCGAAGGGAGAGCCGCGCACAACGAUGAUUCUGCGCAUGUGCCUGGCGGGAGGCGGAGAGGGUUGGAGUUUGCGCUUGCGCAAAAAUGUCGGGAAAGCGGGAGAAGAGGGGUUAAGAGGCGGUGUUGACAGCUGUGGAGGCAGCCCGCGUUCCCGGCAUGCCCUGGGGCGGCGGGGUUGGCUCUAACGAAUUUGAAUGAGGAGCUUCUGCGCUUUCGGCGCCAUUUUCGAGUGAUGCCUGAUCUCAUCAAUCUAGCGGGAGAGACAGGCUAACCUGUCCGAGAGUAUAGCGCCACUAGGACUCCACCGGAAAAAUUACUUUAAAAAUCGCCAAAAAUUACUUGGAGCAAAGGGCAGUCGCGGAGCUUCGCCAAGAUUGGCGCAGUCGGUUUUGACCUGUAGGAGAGAACCAAUUCUGGAGAACAACCUCACUUCUUUGAUUGAAAACUCACGUAAUGCAUUGGAACAUGACAUGAGAUUAAGGUUUAAUAAUGAUAGAAUGAAGACCAUAAUAAAAGAGACCUCUACUUAGUCAGCAGUUCUUACCUUUCUUACCUACUUGAUGAAGAUGUCUUUUGAAAGUUGUACUGCAAGGGACAAAAUGUUCGUAAAUUCUGCUUUUACCAAGGUGGAUAAUUACUGUACCUUCCUCAUGGAAAAAGUUUUAUUUUAAGUAUUAUUUCUCAUUGAAUACUAUCAAAAAGGAAAAAAAAUGACCUAAACUUUUGAGAUAGAUUUGGCUCUAGUAAGUAUUUAGAUAUAUCACUUGCAUAACUGGGAGAAGAAAUAAGAGGCUAUCAUCAAUACAUUUCUAUCUACUAAAAAAUUUUGUUUUACAUAUGUCAAGGGAUUACUUAAUAACUUCCAUUUUAUUACUAAUAACUUGAACAUUUUUAUUGAAAAAUUAACGCCUCCACUGGAAAUUUAACUUUAUGUUCUUAUCUCCUUUACAUAUGAAAUAACAUCACAGGUAUUUCUGAUGUCUUUUUUGUAAGCCUAUAUGCAAUGAAAAAUAUAUCGGCAAAAUGUUUAAAUGUUUUAUGCUAAAAUUACUGUGAAACAUGACAAGUUAGCUGCUGUUUUUGUUUACAUUAUACUGAAAUUAAAUGUUCAUAAUUUAUAUUUGGGUUUAUUUUUAUGUCAGAAUUUAUGCAAAAACAUUGAGUAGUACAGAUUCUUCUCUAAUUCUGUGGGACUUCAAAUAACGUGAUAUUGUAAUUGGACCCUUGUGUUUUGAAGAAAUGCCAACUGCUUGAAGAAUCUUAUUUGUAUUAUUUGCUAUAGGGUUAGAUGUUGAGAAAUUCUGCUCAAAAAAAAAUUUUAAGCCAGUUCUACACUAAAUAUUCCUCAGUAUGAUUAAUUUCUUAUUGGAUGUAUUCUGUGUCUUUCUUUUGUAAUGUAUAACUUUUAUCCACUUAGCAUGAAUGAUUCUAUUAAAGAAAAUCUUUAGGAAGUGUUAGCAACUUGAAAUCACCCCAUAGUUUGCCUGUCUCCACAUUUUAUUAUAAUCUUUGGGAGUGCUUACACUUAUAGAGCUAAUAUUUUCAGAGAUACAGGUUCUCAUAGUACCACUAAAACUUUUUUCCUCAUUGAACUGAAUUCCUGUGAUAAUAACUACAGGGCAGUUUUUUUAAGUUUCCAUGUGAAUAGUCAAAAAUGCCAUUUUAGUAUGAAGCAAUGAAGUCUACUAUUUGUUGUCCCAUCAUUGAGAAAGCUUAAAUACAUCAUUUAUUAAGAGUUCGUAAAUUCUACCUGAGUCUACACAGAUUUUUAUAUCAAUUUGUUUAUAUUUUUAUUAAUGUCAUUUCUAGAUGUAUGAAAAUGUUAAUGUUUGACAAGCAACAUUAAAAAUAGAUUUGAAACAUUUAUAUAUAGAGAGAUACACAUUUAUUUGCUGUUUAGGUGCUGAAGAUUGUCACUGAAUAAAAAAGAUGUAUUCCAGCCCCCAUGGAGCUUACUAAUCUUGCGGGUAGAAGAGUGAGUGAUGGAAUGGACAGAAAAACUGAUAGUUACUAUAUUUGGUAUGUCAGAGAGCGUAAGUUUUGUGGCAAAAAUAGAGCAGGGAAAGUGGCAAUUAUGUGAUAAAGGUGUCUGGAAGGCAGGAGAGAGAUGUUUUUAAAUAUUAUGGGUAGGAAAUACUCUACAGAGAUGGCAUUUGAACAAACACCUAGAAACAAUAAGGGAGCAAACCACGUAGGUACCUGAGCAGAUGAAAUAACAAAUACAAAGACCCUGAGGCUGAAGCAUUUUUUGUACAUGGAACAGCAAGAAAGCACGUGUGGCUAUGAUCAAAUGUAAAGAGGAAUAGUAGUUAAUAGAAUCAGAGAGUUGGUAGGGGCCAUAUCUUAGAGCUUUAUAAGCUUUUACCUUGAUCUACAGAUUCCAUUUUUCUUUUCUCUUUUUUUUUGUUUGAGUCAGUCUCACUCUGUCGCUCAGGCUGGAGUGCAGUGAUGUGAUCUCAGCUUACUGCAACCUCCACCUCCCCAGUUCAAGCAAUUUUCUUGCUUCAGCCUCCUGAAUAACUGGGAUUACAGGCACCUGCCACCACGCCUGGCUAAUUUUUGUAUUUUUAGUAGAGAUGGGGUUUCAACAUAUUGGCCAGGCUAGUCUCAAACUCCUGACCUUGGGAUCCACUGGGAUUACAGGCGUGAGCCACCGUGCCCAGUUUUUCAUACUUCUUUAGGACACUCUUGACAGGCGUAUGUACCUCAGCCUAUUGACCUCUGCAGAUAGGACAAUAUUUUUAUGAGUCUGAUUCGACAUUAGAGCCUCCGUCAGACUAUUUAGAAUACAAACAGAAUGUUUAAAUGGUUAGUGAAUAGGUAUGUGUGUGAUCAGGACUUUGUGAAUUGUGCAUUGAUGGCUUUGAAAUGGUUUUCUGCGGGGUCAAUUUAGGUGGAGCCAAAACUAAUGACUCCAAGAGACACACUGAAUUUGCUCAUGUUUAUCAUAUACCCAAAUGAACCACAAUCAACUUUGAUUCCUUCAUCCUUGAAAUUUCUACUAUAAGUACUUCAUUGUUUUUCACUUAUUUCUAUUUAGCGGCAUUUUAACUAGUUCUUUGCCUCUAGCUGUUUUGAACAAUUUCAUUUUCUAUAUAGUAUAUAUUACUUUUUUAAUCUUCCCAAAGCACUGUUUUUUUCCUGUAGUGUAACAUUAAAAUUGCUUACUUUGAUACCUUGUGAUUUUUGUCACAACAUUUUCUAUGUUGAUUUUUCUUCAGAUGAACUAACUAGUCCUAAUUCAUUAGUUUUUCUUUCUCUUUGCCUUUAUGCCAUUUCUUCACUUCAAUUCUCUUCCAACUAAUGCCUGUACAUUUUUAUUAAUAAGGCAGAAUUUCUCAUGUGUACUGUUUAUUGACCUUAACAGUCUGACAUUAACCAUCCUUCCCAUGGUAUGAACAUAUACCUAUAGUUCUUAACCUUUUUCUCUACCUUCACACACCUGAGGUACAUAACACUUCUUUCAUUGUUUCUCAUUUACUCAUAUAGGUUAACCUUUUAAAUGUAUUAGUAAUAUGAAAAAAAAAUUUAAGAAACUUCAAAACAGUAGCCUAAAUAUCAGGUCCCAAGGUUCAGAUAUUAAUUUUAUGCUGACAUGUUAUAUAGUUGACUUUUUAAAUUCUUCAAAGAGUUAUCAACCAGUUACAAUAUAAUAUAUCCUUAAGAUUUAUGAACAUUAAAAGAAUAAUUAUUUGAGUUUUCCAAUAUUGUAAAAGCAAUUAACAAAUACACUUUUUAAAGAAGUAAUUCCUGUCUUUGUGAUGGUAUUGUUUAUUAAGCAUUCAAUAAUAAAGGGUUGAUUAAAUAACAUGUUUAGUAGGACACUGUGCAACUAUUUAAAACAGCAAUUGAAUAAUGAGCUAAAAAGUUGUUUAUUAUUAAGUAAAAGAUUAUCAAAUAGUUUGAAUAGAUUCACUAGAAUAAUAACAUGCUAAAUUGUUUUACUGGUUUACUCUGGGUAAGAGAUAAAUCUUAUUGGGGUAGGAGGGAUCUUCUUGAUUAUAAAUAAGCAUUUAUGAUUUUUGUGAUGGGCAGAGUUUGUUUUUUGAAAAGGAGAGAGAAAUCCUUGAAAAAUAAAAGUAUUUAUUUGAAGCAACCUUACCUCCACAUAAUAAUUUACUUUGGAAAUCUAUAAAAGGGAAUCCUACUGUGUUCGGGAACUUUAGACAUGAUAAUGAAGAAUUAACUGUCAUGGAAGAAAAAUUUCAAAAUUAGAUAAGUUUAAAAUCAGCUUCAGAGGAACAGCUUGCUCUAAAUUCUCAAAGCAAUAUUGAAAAGGAAUUCAAGAAUUCCUUCUUGAGUUCAUGGUUGAGAGAUUUCACUGUCAUUUCCCCACUCUUCAAGCCUUUAAAACCUCAAACACAGGUAAGUGUAACAAAGGGGGUAUUUAAAUCUCUUUUAAUUUGGAACUCCAUUAGUAAAGAAAUACAAAUCUGGUUUAUUUUAUAAAGAUUUGAUAAUGCAAUGAAAGUUGCACAUCUAAAAAUUAAGCAUUUUUCUGUUAAGUUUGAUUUUUCUUAGCAUAAAAGUACUGUGUAGACAUAGAAACUUCAGGAAGAGCAAAAAAAAAUUUAUUUAAAAAUCGUAUUUUUAUCAUCCAAAGACAGUUGUUACUAGCCUUAUAUUCCCUUCUAGUUGCAUAUUUGGAUUGGUGAAUUUAUUUCUUAAUCCAGUUCAUUUCUGUGCCAGGGACUAGAAAGAUUAUAUUUUCCUCUAGAGAAGAGAUUAAGUGCUAUGCUCUGACUCAGAAAUAUUUUCUUUAAAUUUGAGUUUUAUCAAAAGAAUCCCACUAACUUUAUACUGUUUUAUGUUAUUGUAAUGUAAAAAUGCCUACGGUUAGAAUUUCGUUUUCCUCAAGACUGCGGAUAUAGGAAGAUGCAUCUUGCUUACUCUGGCUUCCUCCUGUACCAUAUCUGCGUGUCAUCCCCAGGGAUACCUUUUCAUAGUGAAAAUAGCAAUUUGAGGCAAGGGAGGUCAUGAAGUAUUCUGAGCAGGAGAGUAAGAAAAGUAACUUCUAAAAUACGUGUACUGGUCAGAAUUUGCUUAAAAAUAGAAAUCUGGCCAGUUGCGGUGGCUCAUGCCUGUAAUCCCAGCACUUGGGGAGGCCAAAGCUGGCAGAUUACCUGAGCUCAGGAGUUCCAGACCAGCCUGGGCAGCAUGGCAAGACACCAUCUCUACUAAAAAUACAAAAAUUAUCUGGAGUAGUGUCAUAUGCCUGUAGUCCCAGCUACUUGGUGGGGCUGAGGCAGGAGAAUUGCUUGAACCUGGGAUGCAGAGAUUGCAGUGAGCCAAGAUGGCACCACUGCACUCCAGCCUGGGUGACAGAGCAAGACCCUACCUCAGGGGGAAAAAAAAAUCUAAGGCCAACAUACCGAAUUAGGAGUUUGUUUCUUUUGUACCUCAGUAAUUACAUUUAGCAAAAGCUGAACUGUUGUAAAAUUGUGGAAUUCACAUUGGAUAUUAAACAACAUUUCUUACUGUUAAUGACAACCAGUAGUUAUGGAUCUUUCAGUUUAAACAUGUGCUUAUAAAAUGUAAACAUGACACUAAUAAAUUCAAGUGUUAGACCUGUCUAGAAAAAUGAAUGUUUUUCGCCGGGUGUGGUGGCUGAAGUCUGUAAUCCCAGCACUUUGGGAGGCCGAGGCGGGUGGAUCACAAGGUCAAGUGAUCGAGACCAUCCUGGUCAACAUGGUGAAACCCCGUCUCUACUAAAAAUACAAAAAAUUAGCUGGGCACAGUGAUGCGUGCCUGUAAUGCCAGCUACUCAGGAGGCUGAGGCAGGAGAAUUGCCUGAACCCAGGAGGCGGAGGUUGCGGUGAGCCGAUAUCCCGCCAUUGCACUCCAGCCUGGGUAACAAGAGCGAAACUCUGUCUCAAAAAAAAAAGAAUGUUUUUCUCAGAAUUUGACCCAUUUAGAAUAUAAGCAAAAAUGAUAUGUCUUAACUCAUUAUAAUGUCUCACACACUAAUUUUAUAAUUUAAAGAGGUAAUAGUAAUUUUAUUUAAAAAGGACAGGUUUAUAGACUGGGCACUGUAGCUCACACUGGUAAUCCCAGCACUUUGGGAGGCCGAAGCGAGUGGAUCACAAGGUCAAGAGAUCAAGACCAUCCUGGCCAACAUGUUGAAACCCUGUCCAUACUAAAAACACAAAAAUUAGCUGGGCGUAAUGGUACACACCUGAAGUCCCAGCUACUCGGGAGGCUGAGGCAGGAGAAUCGCUUGAACCUAGGAGGCAGAGGUUGCAGUGAGCUGAGAUCAUGCCACUGUACUUCAGCCUGGUGACAGAGCAAGACUCUGUCAAAAAAAAAAAAAAAAAAGAUUUAGAACCUGAGAAACAGCUGUGCUAACAGAAUAAAGAAACUAUGUUUUGGAGGUCUGAAAGUCUGGCUGUUUAGGAGGAGGGGUGUUUCUUGCCACAACAGGCUUAUGGAUCAGAUUUGAAGUCAAAGCCUCUGUUAUGCCCCUUUUCUCAGCAGUUUAAUGGGCAUUGCAUUCUUUGAAAAAAUUAGAAAAUGACUUAGAGUAAAGCUUCAGGUCCAUAGUAGUUAAGCUGUUGUGCCAUUUUUGAAUUUACGAUUUUUAGUUGUGUUUGGAUACCUCCAAAACCCGAGGAAUGUGGAGCUUUUGUUUUUGUUUUUGUUUCAGGUCUAUGGGUUUUUUUGUUGUUGUUGUUGUUUUUGUUUGUUUGAGACAGGGUCUUGCUGUAUUGAGAGUGCAGUGGCACAAUCAUGGCUCAGUAUAGCCUUGAUCUCGCAGGCUCAAGUGAUUUCCCUUCCCAGCCUCCUAAUUGGGACUACAGGCAUGCACCACCACACCUGGCUAACUUAAAAUUUUUUGUUAGUGACAUAAUCUCACCUUGUUGCCUAGGCAUAUCUAUUCCUGUGUUCAAGUGGUCCUCCCGCCUCAGCUUCCUGAAGUACUGAGAUUACAGCAUGAGCCACCAUGUUUGGCCUGAAUUUGAAGCUUUAAGAAUUGAUAACUUGCUCUUUCUAGAAAGUUCUACAUAGGUAUAACUUCAAAAGAAAAUUGUAAUGAUUUUAAAAUACUCCCUAUGUUCAGUUCAUGAAGAAACCAAAUCCCUUUGAUGUUUCUUUAUUUUCAGUAAUACGAGAUGGUCUUGGUUUCUGUAUUUUGGAGAAUUUAGAUUGGAGUUCAUAGGUGUAAAUUUUGAUAUCACCAUUGCUACCCUCCCCUCAAAAAAGGUGAGAACUGACUAAACUACUGGUACUUAGACCAUGUGGAGAAGGAACUGAAACUGGAAACAGAAACAAGACGUCUGUACAGAGCAGAGUGUCAGACAAUAGCUCACUUUAGUAGAGGGCAAUAAAUGCCACAUGAGAUGAUCCCCUCAGCAGAAAACUAUGUGAAGACGCUGGUAGCAGGGCCGGAGCAGGUCUUCGGGACCACAGAUACACUGCCCCGGCGCCCAACGCAGACCUCUCCUCCCCACGCCUGUGACUGUGCCCCGCUGGUUUCCAACGUGCUGCGGGGACUGGAGCUCAGAAGGCCUUCGCCAGUCCCCAACCCACGCAGGUCCGUGCUGGCCUGGGCAAGUCCCCACCCUCACUGCAGGCUCGAGAACCACCCCGCUUCCCCGAGAGUAGCCGGGCAACGGGUACUUAUCUCUGACCUCCGGCGAGCGGGAGAGGCCGCGCUACCCCCUGUCCUCCAACAGCACGAACCGCACGGAACAAAAAAAAAAGCCCAACCCUUCACACCACUUCAUUCGCAUCUCAGGACCAGCGGGAAAUUGAGCCUCGCACCCCACAAGGGGUAGGGUGAGACGGGCACCUCCGCACCGCGCUCCCCACGGAGUCGCCGAUUCGCGUUGGGAGCGCGCCAGGGCUCUAUCCUGGGGCUCCGGGCAAGGCAUCACCAGAAGAGGGUUCUGUAUCGCCCCUCACCCCCACCCCCAACCGUGACCCUCUUUCUUUGUCGGCUUUAGGCAGGACACCAAAGACCCAGUUCUGUUUAAAAUUCUCUUUUGAGAAAAGGAACGACUGCUUUUGCCUUUGGGGGGAAAGAUAAACUUUCAAAUUGGCUUUAAAGCUCCACCACUAACAGUUAUUAAGUCGCUAACCUGAUUAUUAUGUCCACUCCACGAUAGCAAACGCACUAAGCACUUAACAAUGAGCGGUGUGGAGGAUGCAAACAUGGAUGAUGAAGGAAUGGCUCCUCCAAAACUGACAAUCGGGGGAAGUGAGGCGAGUACAGAAUCUCAGAACAUGCUGCAGGAUUGAGUUUGAUCCGAGUCGAGGAAGUUUGUGUUUGGGGGGACAUCGGUUAUUUUGGAGAAACGGUAUUCGAGACCUACCAUACAUGGCAGUUGAGCCCCUUGACUAAUAAUGCUUAUUCCAACCUCCACAAAAGCCCCUGACCACAUCCUUCUCCUGAGAUUCCCACUUCUCUUGAGCAUCUCUCUUCCUGCUGUAAGAUACGAAACCUAACUUUGCCUUCGUAGAAAACUUUUUAACUUCCGUCAUUCAGUCUCAUAAGAACACUGCGGUAUAGAAAUCAUGAUCCUCAGGCCGGGCGCGGUGGCUCACCCCUGUAAUCCCAGCACUUUGGGAGGCCCAGGCGGGUGGAUCACGAGGUCAAGAGAUCGAGACCAUCCUGGUCAACAUGGUGAAACCCCGUCUCUACUAAAAAUAUAAAAAAUUAGCUGGGCAUGCAGAUUCAAGAUAUGGGUUCUUUCUACAGCACCGUAACUGUCAGUGACAAAACUGCACCCCAGUUCCCUACUAAGUGUUUUUAGGCCAGGUGCAGUGGCUCACAGCUGUAAUCCCAGCACUUUGGGAGGUUGAGGCGGGCCGAUCACCUGAGGACAGGAGUUCGAGACGGGCCUGGCCAACAUGCGAAACUUCGUCCCACCUAAAAAUACAAAAAUUAAAAUAACAAUAAAAAAUUAGCUGGGCAUGGUGACACAUGCUGGUAGUCCCAACUACUUGGGAGGCUGAGACAGCAGAAUCGCUUGAAACCGGGGUCGCAGUGAGCCGACACCAUGCCUCCAGCCUGGGCAACAGAAUGAGACUCCAUCUCAAUCAAUCAAUCAAUCAAUCAAUUUAGUGUUUUAAAAAACAAAGUAAUCUAUAGAAACAUCUCAUUAUUUAUCGUUGUUUGUUGAUUGAUUUUAAGACAGGGUCUAUCUAUCUCUGUCUCCCAGGCUGGAUGGAGUACAGUGGCAGGAUCGAGGCUUACUACAGCCUCAACCUCCCGGGCUCAAGAGAUCCUCCUGCCUUAGCCUCCCAAGUAGCUGGGACCACAGGCACGUGCCACCAUGCCUGUCUAAUUUUAUUUUUUGUGGAGACAGGGUCUCACUAUGUUGCCCAGGCUGGUGUCAAACUCCUGGGCUCAAGUGGUCGUCGGGCCUCAGCCUCCCAAAGUGCUGGGAUUACAGGCAUGAGCCACAGCGCCCAGCCAUAUGGAAACAUUUCAGAUAUCCUAAUAUUAAAAUGACAUUUCACAAGAGUGAAUGGUUACUAACUCAUGUAAAAGGAAUAUCUUGGGGCCCCAAAAUCACUAAGCUAAAGGGAAAAGUCCAGCUGGGAACUACUGAGGGCAAACCUGCCUCCUAUUCUAUACAAAGUCACCCUCUGCUCACAGAUAAUGAAUAUCUGAUUACCUCCUUUGGAAAGGCUAAUCAGAAACUCAAAAGAAUGCAACGAUUUGCCUCUUAGCUCCCUAAGACCUGGAAGCCCCCUCCCUGUUUUGAAUUGUCCCACCUUUUCUGGACUGAACCAAUGUUCGUCUUACAUAUGUUGAUUGCUGUCUCAUGUCUGCCUAAAAUAUACAAAACCAAUCUGUGCUCUGACCACCUUGGAUAUGUCAGGACCUCCUGAGGCCAUUAUCAUGGGCAUGCAUCCUCAACCUUGGCAAUAUAAACUUUCUAAAUUAACUGGAAUGUGGCUCAGAUUUUCAGGGUUCACAUUCAAAACCCACACAUUAUCCUUAAUACAAUUAUACGAUGCAUAUUUAUGUAGUUAGAUCUGGUUGGUGGUAGAUACUAAUAAACUUUUGCCCAACUAAGUGUAAAACUCAUUAAAUCAGUGUAGCAAUCUCUAGACUGUUAAACAAAAUUAACUACUAACUAGAAAAUAUAGUCUAUCAAACUCUCCUAAGUGUGGAAAAAUGGAGAAGGAAGAAUAAACCUUUCUCUCCUCCUGUGGUCCUAAUACACAGAACAGCAACCCAGAAACUGCCACAAGUAAAGUGACUAGAAAAAGUUGAUUGCCCAACUAAAACCUGCAUACACAGCUAUAUCCUUCCUGGAAGAGCACAGUGGAACUAAAUCCUGGUAGUGAUAACACAGGGAUUGUCAACGUUCUUGUCACACUGGAAUUUCCUUCUAUUGAUCUUCAAAUAAAUUAACAACUGAAACUUGGAAUUUAUAUAUCAGCACAGCACUAAGAUACAUAUAUCUAGUCUUUAUGUAUAAGUUUCAUCUUGUGUGAUAAAUGUAUCAUGCCACACCCCGCCAUCACCGGCCCCUCCAAAAAAUAUACUACAUAUUAUCAUAUAUACGUUUUUAGUAUAAAAUGUAUAUUCUUGCAUUGAUUUACUUCCUGGUAUUGUUUUCAUCCUGGGCCUUGACAAAGAUAAAAUCUCAGCUCUCUUCCCCACCUACCCAGACACAGAAGUGAUCAGAUGUUCCAUAACAAAAGGAACAGUGCCAAAUUUAGUGUACACUGAAGUGUAAAUUGUCAGAGUGAAGAACAUCUAAUAACAAAGCCUGGAGCAACUCUGCAUAGGGAAAGAGGUCUGGUAAACCUCCUCAGAUACAAUGGAAAUUUUUUAUUAUUAUUCUGUCCUUCCCUUUAGCUGCCAGUUACAGAUGCAAGCCCCAACAUUCCCCAGUGAGAAUUCCUGCCAAUAAAAGACACUGACAAUGCAAGAUGUGGUGAAAAGAGCAUAGGGUUUGGAAUCAGUUCUGCAUCUAAACUCUAGCUCUGCCAUUUACUAGUUGUUCAAGUUACUUAGGAUCUCUAAGCCUUGGUUUUCUCCUCUAUAAAAUGGGAAUCAUGAUACAUUAGAUCAUGAAAAUUAGGUAAUAUAUAAAGCAACCAACAUUGCGUCUGACAUACAGUAGGUGUUUAAUAAGUAAUUGGUGCUGUUAUAUGCAGGAAGAAAACCAUGCUCAUUUGUAGGCAUGAUUGCGCUAGAUCUGUAAACUUGGGACUCAAGUUCAAUAGUCUUAAGCAGAGUUAAACUGCCUAUGCAGUAGAGGAAGCUAGCACCAUAAUUUCUGCUUUUCUGCAUCUAGCCUAGGAAGGCCUUUAAAAACAUCUCUCUCUCCACUUUUUUUUUUUUUUUUUUUUUAAGACAGAGUUUCACUCUUGUUACCCAGGCUGGAGUGCAAUGGCGCGAUCUCGGCUCACUGCAGCCUCUGCCUCCUGGGUUCAAGCAGUUCUCCUGCCUCAUCCUCCCGAGUAGCUGGGACUACAGGAGCAUGCCACCAUGCCCAGCUAAUUUUUUUUUUUGUAUUUUUAGUAGAGACAGGGUUUCACCGUUUUGACCAGGAUGGUCUCGAUCUCUUGGCCUCGUGAUCCACCCGCCUCGACCUCCCAAAGUGCUGGGAUUAUAGGCAUGAGCCGCCGUGCCUGGCCUUCUCUCUCCACAUUUUUUAUCUCUUCCUCUGUGUUUGGAGAAAGGAGAGAAAAAGGAAAAACAUCAAACUCAAUGAAAGAAAGACCUUACUGUUUUUUGGGUUUAAGUUCUGUAUUUUUGGAGAAACUGAACGUUCAAAUAUUCCAUUAAAAAGAAGGUAAAAAUACAUUUAUCACAAAACACAGAAACUUACCUAAGACUUGAUGAAAUUAAACGGAAUUAGUCCAUAGUUUGAGGAAAAUUCCAGACCCUGUAUAUUUCAGUUGCACAGUGAAGAUCAUACAUUAAAUGGAGACAACAGCAAGAUCAGUUCGUUUUGAAAGAGAAUGAGAGACACUUAAGCAAUAGUAGACUUGGCCUUUAGUAAUACUAUUUCUGUAGAUAGAAAAACUGUAAAAACAACAUAAAAUAAGUCAGAGGUAAUUAAAGUAAUACUAGCAUAUGCUUAUAAUUUAAUAGUCUGUCAAAUUUUAUAAUUCUUAGGAUUGUGCUAGGAACCAAAGGUAAUUCCCAUUGGGUUAAGAGACACAAGGCUGAGCGCGGUGGCUCACACAUGUAAUCCCAGCACUUUGGGAGGCUGAGGUGGGUGGAUGACCAGAGGACAGUAGUUUGAGAGCAGCCUGGCCAACAUGGCAAAACCCUGUCUCUACUAAAAAUACAAAAAUUAGCUGGGUGUGGUGGCAGACACCUGUAAUCCCAGCUGGUCAGGAGGCUGAGGCAAGAAAAUCACUUGAAUCCAGAAGGCUGAGGUUGCAGUGAGCCGAGAUCUCGCCAUUGCAUUCCAGCCUGGGCCACAAGAGGGAAACUCCGUGUCAAAAAAAAAAAAACCACAAGUACUGUUACUUAGUACAUAAUAGUGGUUGUUUAAACACCAAAAUAAGUGAUGAAGACAAGGCCCAGGGAAGGCACCGGAAACAUAAGGGAAGAUUUCAUAAGGGAGGUAGGUGGGAGUUGAACUGCAUCUUUAAAGAUCACAAGAUUUGAAGAAGAGAAAGAGGAAGAGCUUUCGAGAUGAGGAAGACAGCACAAGCUCAGUGUGGAGAUGAGUGUGGCUUGGUUUAGAAAUAAAGUUUGAAGCCAAAUAUUGAAAUGUUUUGCAUGUGAAAACAAAGAGCUGAACUUCAUUUUGUAGGAGGUGAGGAGCCACUGAAUAAUAUGCAUGAAUGAAAGUAGAAUUUUAGCAAGAUUGAUCUGGUAACUAGGUCCAAGAUUUAAAGAGGAAGAAAAUUAUUUAUUUAUUUAUUUAUUUAUUUAUUUUGAGACAAGGUCUUGCUCUAUUGCCCAGUCACAGCUCACUGCAAUAGUGGAUCUGCAGUGAGAUCCUCCCACCUCAACCUCCCUAGUAGCUGGGACUACAGGUACUCUGCGCCACACCUAGAUAAUUUUUGUAUUUUUUGUAGAAAUGUUUUGCCAUUUUGCCCAGGCUAGUCUCAAACUCACGGACUCAAGUGAUCCACCCUCUUUGGCCAAUCAGAGUGUUGGAAUUACAGACAUGAGCCACUGUGCCAAGAAAUUUAUUUUAACAUUUUGAGGUUACUGAAAAUUACAGAUUUUUUAAAAUGCAAUAACAUAUAUAAAAGUACAGCAUAUAUGGUUCAAUAGAUUGAACCAUUUAAUAUAAUAUUUUGUCAAAGUAUUCAAUUUAUAAAUAAAAUAUAAAAAUCAUUAAUUGUGGCAAAUAUUUUCCUAAAAUCUUCCAAAAGGAAAUUAUAUGUAAGUGAAUACAUAUAAUUUCCUUGUAUAUCAAUCAUAUGUAUAAUUUAUCUUUUUGUUUUCUCUUUUGAGACAGAGUCUCACUCUGUCACCCAGGCUGGAGUGCAGUGGUAUGACCUCAGCUCACUGCAACCUCCAUCUCUCAGGUUCAAGCAAUUCUCCUGCCUCAGCCCCUCAAGUAGCUGGGAUUACAGGAGCCCACCACCACACCCGGAUAAUAUUUUGUAUUUUUAGUAGAGACAGGGUUUCGCCAUGUUGACCAGGCUGGUCUUGAACUCCUGACUUCAGGUGAUCCAACCACCUCAGCCUCCCAAAGUGCUGGGAUUGCAGGCAUGAAUCACUGUGCCCAGCCAAUUUAUCUUACCAGAAUAAUUGCAACCAUGUUGUGUAAAAGGCCAGUGUUAAUAGAUUGCUUAGCUACAUUUUAGAGUAUGCUUCACUAGAGCUUUAAAAUCAUUACGUAUAUAUUCUCUGAAAUGUAGUAUUGUUUUGAUAUUUUAACAAUGAUUACAUUUAAUUAUGAUAAUUAAAUGUUUUUCUAAAUUUAAUUCCCAUGUACAUAGAACUUUAUCUUUCAUAAACAGUAACUAUAUGAGGGGCUUAAGAAAUGAUUAAUUCAAGGCCGGGUGCAGUGGCUCACGCCUGUAAUCCCAGCACUUUGGAAGGCCAAGGCAGGUGGAUCAUGAGGUCAAGAGAUCAAGAGAUCGAGACCAUCCUGGUCAACAUGGUGAAACCCUGUCUCUACUAAAAUACAAAAAAUGAGCUGGGCAUGGUGACGCGUGCCUGUAAUCCCAGCUACUCAGGAGGCUGAGGCAGGAGAAUUGCCUGAACCCAGGAGGCGGAGGUUGCGGUGAGCCGAGAUCGCGCCAUUGCACUCCAGCCUGGGUAACAAGAGCGAAACUCCGUCUCAAAAAAAAAGAAAAGAAAGAAAUGAUUAAUUCAGCUAAAUACUAAUAGAUACUAUAUAUUUGCAAUUGUCUGAGAGCUUGAUUUGUAUAUAUUGUUUAUUUUGAAUCUUUCUGAGUUCAUUCAUCAUUAUGUUCUCAAUUUUUACCCUGAGAAGUGUUAAUUAUGAUGACAUUUUUGGUUAGAAAACUACUUUCUUCCUGUUUUAUGAGAGAUUUUUAGAGUAUUUCUUCCAUAAAUAAGGAUACAUCAUGGGUAGGACUUCUGCAGUUUUCAGUAGCUGGUAGAUACCUGUACCAUAAGCACACUGUCUGUCUCAAAUAAAGACAAUAGAUCAAUGCAUAGAAUUUUUUGGUUCUGAGGAUCUAGACUUCUCAGGUACUUCGCUAUACAGCAUUGCAUAAGAAAUAGAUGCUUCGUUGUUUUUAACAUGAGCCCAAUUGGGUCUCUCUAAUAUUAAGGCAUUGGGUAAUAAAUGCCUUGUUAAAAUGUGUUUAUCUUAUAAUGGUCUUGUUUGUAACACCACUGGAUUGUUGCUAAAAUUCCCUCAGAUCUCCAGAAGCAUGAAUUUGGUCUAAAGCAACCCACACCUCUCCCAGUUAGACAAAAGACACAGAUAAUUCAGGAAGAUGCUUGGAGCUGAUUAUACAAUAUCCAUGCAUUUUAAGCAUUUUGUGAAAGUCAUUAGCCUCCAAGUGCAGUGGUGCGAUCUUGGCUCACCACAACCUGUGCCUCCUGGGUUCAAGCAAUUCUCUUGCCUCAGCCUCCCAAGUAGCUGGGAUUACAGGCAUGCACCACUACACCCAGCUAAUUUUUUUGUAUUUUUAGUAGAGACAGGAUUUCUCCAUGUUAGUCAGGCUGGUCUCAAACUCCAGACCUCAGGUGAUCCACCUGUUUCAGCCUCCCAAAAUGCUGGGAUUAUAGGCAUGAACCACCACAUCCGGCCUCACUGCCUCCUUUUUAAAAGGCUCUCUUUUCCCCUGCCAUUAGUAACACUAAACUCACUCCUGGCUUUCCUUCUUCAGACCUAGGAAUACUUAUUGGGUUAUCCUUUUCUACCCAACAUUUAAAUUCUGGAAUUCCUCAAACACUCAGUUUUAGGACCUUCUUAGGAGUUCAGUAAUCAUUUAUUGACUCUUACAAUCCCUGUAAAAAACACAAAUUGUUUGCCUAUUGUUAGACUAUUUUUUUAAAUGAUGAAGACUGAAUUUAAAUACUUUAGGAGAAGGAUGUCACUUCUUCCUCUCCCACAAUCCUCCCAAAUCCUCUAUAGGCAUUCGGGUUAGCCCUUGUGUUACCCAAGUCUCACACCACUUCCAGCAUCAGGGCUCCUGCACCCUUACUUCCUUCCCUAAUGCAGGCGCUCACCAGCCACCUCCCAUCCUCAUCCUCCAUCCACAGCACAACUGACAGUCUCAGGUUAGCUUUCCCACGUUUCAGGCCAAUAACAGAUCCCUGUUAAUCAUCUCAUAUCAUCUAAUACUCCUUUUCCAUCAUGCACACUGCAGUUUGUGAUAUUUAUUUGUGUCAUUAUUUAAAUAAUGUUUGUCUCUCCGCUUGACUAUACAGUCCAUAAGAGCUGGGAUUGUAUGUAUGUCUGUUGGUGUGUAUGUGCGUGUUUCCUCAUCAUUGCAUUCUCAGCACCUAACCCAGUGAUUUCAUGAAUAUCUUAAGGAAGCAACAGUCCUCUAUUUCCCAAUAUUGAUGUAUUUCAAACUUCUAAAUAUUUGCUGUUGAGACCAGCUGAAAUGGUAAGUAUUCUGAAUUUUAAUUUACUCCAAAUAGGUACUACAGUACUUUUUAUCUUAUCAAAGCAAAGUAGCUUUCCAUCCUUUCUUUACACAGCAAAGUUUACUAUACUCCUUCUAUAGUCUGACUCUUCGUAGAGUUUACACAGAUAUGCUGAUAGUCUUCAUUUUCUUUUUUUUUUUGAGACAGAGUCUCACUCUGUCACCAGGAUGGAGUGCAAUGGCACAAUCUCGGCUCACUGCAACCUGUGCCGCUCAAGUUCAAGUGAUUCUCCUGCCGCAGCCUCCAGAGUAGCUGGGACUACAGGCAUUCACCACCAUGCCUGCUAAUUUUUUGUUAGUGGAGACAGGGUUUCACCAUGUUGUCCAGGAUGGUCUCUAUCUCUUGACCUUGUGAUCUGCCAGCCUCAGCCUCCCAAAGUGCUGGGAUUACAGGCGUGAGUCACCACACCUGGCCAGAGAGUUCUUAUAAAAACUUGAGAAUCUUCUUUCUAAGCAUAAAUAUUUAGCAAUAUGCCAUAAAAAGAUAGAAUAAUAUGACUAAAUAAAAAUGUAAACCUUUUUAAUGUUAAAAAGCAUAAUAUGUCAUAUAAUAGUAUGUAACUAUUAAAAGAAGAUAAAGCUAUGUGUAUUAACAUAGAGAUAUGUAUAUGAUAUAGUAAGUGAAGAAUCAAAUUAAAAACAGUGUGUGUACUCUUGAGACAUUGAUCACUACCUGUGGGAGUCUGUCCUGCAAACCCUGACUCCGUGAUGGAUGAAUAAAUACACUUACACACAAAGUACAGUGAAUUGAGUGGGCUAGGGAGGUCGUUAGCUGCUCUCAGAGGGCAACUGUAGCUGCCUGACCUCUUACUAGCUAUUUCUCCUCACAUUUAUUCAGUAUAGAUUUAAUAAUUUAAUAACAGAGGUUCUAAGACAACAUUUUAUGGAUAAUUAACAUGGUUAAAAGAGUGGUUUUAGUAAUGAUAAAAGCUUUUGGUUCCAGGGCCCAGAGUAAACACCAUUAAUGGAUAAUUCUCCUUCUACCUUCCCUUGAGAAGACCAUCCAGCACAAAGUUUACAUGACUAACCAAGUAGAGUAGAGAAAAAGGAAUAAGAGGUAAACACACUUAAGUGGGGAAGCUUCUAUUAUCCCUAAUCUUCACCCUAUGACCUAAUGCUCUAAGGUAAGAACUGACUGUCUUCAGCCUGUCCUGUUAAAACCUUUUGGCCUUCCAAAAGGCUUGAGACUGUAAUCUGACAACUUUCCCUAAUGUUUCCCUUAAUAUUUUGCCAACCACCCUGAGUGAAUCCCAACAUACUAUGAUUUCAAUUUUGAAAAGAAAUGUAACUGAUAGAAUGGAAAAGAAAAAAUAUUUAUAGGAAUAUACAACAAAUUCUGAAUCUGAAAGGAUGGAAUAUGGGAAUUUUUCAAUAUCUAUUUUUUAUAGUUUUGUAAUUUGUUGUAUUUUUAUUUUAUUUAUGUACUUAUUUGUUUGCCUACUUCAUUUUUCCUUCAUAAUUUUAAAAUAUUUUUAUAUGGAACAUCUAUUACAUUUGUAAUGUAUACCAAAAACAGAUAAAUUUGUAAAAGAAAAAGACAUGUAAUCCCAGCACUUUGGGAGGCCAAGGUGAGUGGAUCACCUGAAGUCUGGAGUUUGAUACCAGCCUGACCAACAAUGGUGAAACCCAGUCUCUACUAAAAACACAAAAAUUAGCUGGGAAUGGUGGCGGGUGCCUGUAAUCCCAGCUCCUUGGGAGGCUGAGGCAGGAGAAUCACUUGAACCCGAGAGGCGAACGUUGUAGUGAGCUGAGAUCAUGCCGCUGUAGCCCAGCCUGGGCAACAAGAGCCAAACUCCGUCUCAAAAAAAGGAAAAGACAAACUCAAUGGGAACAAAUACAUGCAAUAUAUGGAUCUAUAAUACAGACUGUUCCAAAUGAACAACAAGACAAACACAAAGAUUGAAAAACAGGGCAUAAAAAAAGAAAUACAAAUGAUCAGUAAGCAUGAGAAAAAAUUCCAUUAUCGUUGAUAAUCUAAGAGAUGCCAAGCAAAAUACUGUCAUGACUUUUUUCAGUCCAUUAAAUUGACAGAUAUUUAAAACAUCAUAAUUACCAUAGGCUUCUGUCUAGUGGUGAGACCAUCUUGUUUGCUGCUGGAGCCCAAUGCAGAUGGAUAAAAAUUUUUGAAGGAAGAUUUGGAAAUCUGUAUUAGAAACACUCAAAAUACACAUAAUUAAUCCAAUCUUCAGAAAUUUAUUCUAGGAAAAAAUAAUGAACACCACAAUAUUUUUACCAAGUAUAAUAUAUUUAUUAUAGAGUUGUCAGGGGAAAAUUAGGAAUAUUCUAACUAUUCAUCAAAAGGAUAUGGGUUAAAUGAAUACUGGUACAUUAAUAUAAAAUAAUAAUAUGUAACUAUUUUAAAAUCAUGUUUUGGAAGAUUACAACUUGAUAAAUUCAUAACUUUUUGCUAAAUGAAAAAAAAAAUUCUUUAUUUUGAGACAGAAUCUCUCUCUGUUGCCAGGCUAGAGUGCAGUGGUGUGAUCUCGGCUCACUGCAACCUCCCCUUCCUGGGUUCGAGCUCUUCUCAUGCCUCAUCAUCCAGAGUAGCUGGGAUUAUAGGCACACACCACCACACCCAGCUAAUUUCUUUUUUUUUUUUUUUUUUUUUUGGAGACAGAGUCUCACUGUCACCUCGGCUGGAGUGCAGUGGUGCAACCUUGGCUCACUGCAACCUCCACCUCCCAGGGUUCAAGAGAUUCUCCUACUUCAGCCUCUCAAGUAGCUGGGAUUACAGGCAUGCACCACCAUGCCCAUCUAGUUUUUGUAUUUUAAGUAGAAACAGGGUUUCACCAUAUUGGCCAGGCUGGUCUUGAACGCCUUACCUCAGGUGAUCCACCUGCCUCGGCCUCCCCAAGUGUUGGGAUUACAGGCGUUAGGCCUUGCCAAAAAAAUUUUUCAAAAGAUCAUAUACAGUAUGAUGCCAAUUACAGGCACUUUUCUACUUGCAAUGGGGUUUUGUCCUGGUAAACCUAUAGUAAGUUGAAAAUAUUGUCAAAUACAUUUAGUACCCCAGUAAACCCAUAGCAAAUUCAAAAAGUCACAAGUUGAACCAUUAUAAGUCAGGGCCUAUCUGUAUUUGUGUGUGUGCAUGUGCAUAUGCACAUAUUAAGAAGAUGGACUACAACAUUAACAGUAGCUACCCACAGUAGUGAAAAGUGAGAAUUAUUUGUAUUUUGUCCUGAUUCUUCCCUAGGUUUUUCAAAAUUUCUAUAAUUUUCUGGGUUUUUUCAAAGUUUCUGUCCUGUAUUACUUUUACAAUGAUAAAAAUAAGUUCUUCUAACAGUUGCUGGUGAGACCCUAUUGCUACAGAACAUUUGAAAAUUAGCCAGGGCAUGGUGACAUGCUCCUGUAGUUCCAGCUACUUGGGAGGCUGAAGCGAGAGAAUCAUUUGAACCCAGGAAUUCAAGGAAGCAGCAAGCUAUGAUCAUGCCCCUGUACUCAGCCUCAGCAACACAGCAAGACCCCGUCUCUUAAAAAUAAAUAAAUAAAAGUUGCUGACCUACACUCGGUAAAAAAAAAAGUUUGGCAGUUCCCAGAAAACUUAAACAUAGGAUUACCAUAUGAUCCAGCAGAUCUAUUCCUAGAUCUAUACCCAAGAGAUAUAUAGCUCACGCUUAUAAUCUCAAGACUUUGGGAAGCCAAGGUGGGCAGAUCACCUGAGGUCGGGAGUUCGAGACCAGCCUGACCAACAUUGAGAAACCCUGUCUCUACUAAAAAUGCAAAAUUAGCUGGGCAUAGUGGCACAUGCCUAUAAUGCCAGCUGCUUGGAAGGCUGAGGCAGGAGAAUUGCUUGAACCCAGGAGGCAGAGGUUGCAGUGAGCCCAGAUUGCACUCCAGCCUGGGCAACAAGAGCAAAGUCAAUCUCAAAAAAAAAAAAAGAAAGGAAGAAAACCUAUGUAAAAACUGUAUAACAAUAUGCAAGGUUGCACAUUGCACAUUUUAAAAUAUAAAUGAUUCUGUCAUAGCAACUGGUAAUCCAUGCUGUCAACUGUUAGUUAAGGAAGAAGCUUUGCCAUUCUCUCUGCCAGGCUUCCCCAGGAAAUGGUUGCUAUUGAGGUCAGUGCUGAGCCUUUAGAAUGGCCUUACCUGAAUUGGAAUCCAGAAUUAAUUGUCUAUUCCUCAGCUGCGUAACAUUAGACAAAUUACUUCCCUGCUCCGAUCCUCAGUUUCCUCAUAUGUAGAGAUCAUGGCAAUCCUCAUUUGAUAAAGUGCUUUGAGUAUAGAUUAAGGGAAUCCAUAUGAAACAUUUGGGCCAGUGAACACAGUAAGUGGAAGUGCUCAAUAGAUAUUGUCAUCAUAAUCAUCUUUAUUACUGUGAAUCCAGACAUAGCUUUCAUUCUCUUCCUACAGUGAAACAGAGUGGUGUACAAAACCAGGGCCAACUGACAGGUCGGGGAGGCUAGCAUGCUUUCUGGUCUCUCCCAAUGGCAUGCUGAUAGUUAACAGUCAACUUUGGAUGGGGAUUGGGCAGCUCUACUUUGUGAUGUUUGCCCAUUUCCAAAAUAUAAAGACACCCAACAUGGCUGGUUUCAAGGUACCAACUUGAUUUCAGCAAAUGCAGAGUUGACAAGAGAUGAUCAGAGGGAACUCUCCCCAGCCAAUUUUUUUUUUUCUGGCUCUUUAUUCACUGCCUCUUUUUUGCUGCCUCUUUUUCACUGCUGAAACCAGGUCUCUUUUUUUUGCUGCCUCUUUAUUCACUGAUGAAACCAGGAUCUCCUGCCUCUCUGGCAGAGGACCAGGCAUCUUUGUCUGAUGUGCUCUCACUAAGGUAAGUCUAUUUAUGCCUGGGAGAUAGAGGAAGCCUAGAGCCUGGAAGUCCAAAGCAGUGCUCAGGCCCAGCUUACUGGAAUAUUUGUAGCAAAGUGGUGCUUUAAUUCGAUUUGCUAGUGUUCUCUAUGCAUGUUUUCCUUGGGGAAACUUGGGUGUGGUUGUGUGUGGCUACAGCUUAGGGGUAAGAUUCUAUCAUCUUUGUGUUACAUGGCUAUAGUGCCUUUUUUUUUUUUUUUUUUUUUUUUUUUGAGACAAAGUCUUGCUCUGUCACCCAGGCUGGAGUACUGUGGCCCAAUCUCCCGCCUCCCGAGGUCAAGUGAUUCUCCUGCCUCAGCCUCCCAAGUAGCUGGGAUUACAGGCAUAUGAUACUACACCCGGCUAAUUUUUAUAUUUUUAGUAGAGACAGGGUUUCACCAUGUUGGCCAGGGAGGUCUUGAACUACUGACCCCAGGUGAUCUGCCUGCCUUGGUCUCCCAAAGUCCUGGGAUUACAGGUGUGAGCCACCACACCUGGCCUAUAGUGCCUUCUAAAAAUUAAUAGCACCUCACCCUGAUUUUUAACAUGUAGCAUUUUGCAUUGCACUGUAUCUACUGAAGAUGUUAAUAACUUCUGCAUUUUUCCAUGGUCUUCAAAAUGAUACCUUUUUUUUUUUUUUUUUUUUGCGAUGAAAUCUCACUCUAUUGCCCAGGCUGGAGUACCGUGGCGCCAUCUUGGCUCACUGCAAUCUCCGCCUCCCAGGUUCAAAUGAUUCUCCUGCCUCAGGCUCCUGAGUAGCUGGUAUUACAGGGGCACACCACCACACCUGGCUAAUUUUUAUAUUUUUAGUAGAGACAGGGUUUCACGAAGUCGGUCAGGCUAGUCUUGAACUGACCUUGUAAUCUGCCUGCCUCAGCCUCUCAAAGUGCUGAGAUUACAGGCUUCAGCCACCGCGUCCGGCCUGACAAAAGGCAUUUUUCAACAUCCAUAGCACAACUAAGUCAAAGCUGAAAAGUUUAAAGGACUUUUCUAAAUGUGAGGGCAAUGUUUCCCAACCUUUUGAGGUCAUAGAAACUGCCCUGGACACCAGUUUAAAUAUACUGAAUCCUGGGGACUUGGAUUCUGAAGGUCUGUAGUGGGAGCCUUGGAAAAGGUAUUUUAAAGUAAUACCAGUUACUCUUAAAUUUCUUCAAGUUCUAGUAUCACUGUGUUGGCAAGUAACAAAGAGAAAUAAACACAGUAGCAUAAAGCCAUGUAGCCUGGCUCACAGAAAAGACCUGUUUAUACCCCCAUGCUGGAAUCCUCACCUGCCCCUGAAGGUUCGAUGCUAUCUUGGUACAUGGCUAUUUUUAUCUCCUAGAAAACAAUGUAGGCCCAACAGAGGGAGGCCCUUUGCCAAAUUAUAAGGUGGUGGGGGAGGAAGGGAAGAAGGCUUCUUCACUCAGUAAUUUUCUUUUUCUUUCUUUCUUUUUUUUUUUGUCUGAGACAGUUUCACUCUUCUCCCCCAGGUUGGAGUGCCAUGGCCUGAUCUCGACUCACUGCAGCUUCCACCUCCUGGGUUCAAGCAAUUGUCAUGCCUCAACCUGAGUAACCAGGAUUACAGUUGCCUGCCACCACACUCAGCUACUUUUUUGUAUUUUUGGAAGAGAUGGGGUUUCGCCAUGUUGGCCAGGCUGGUCUUGAACUCCUGACCUCAAGUGAUCCACCUGCCUAGCCUCCCAAAGUGCUGGGAUCACAGAUGUGAGCCACUGUGCCUGGUUACUCAAUAUUUUUCAAAGACCAAGUUGUUACUCUUUUUGUUUGUCUAUUUUUUGAGACAGUGUCUUGCUCAGUUGCCCAGGCUGGAGUGCAGUGGCACAAUCAUAGCUCACUACAAUCUCUAACUCCUGGGCUCAAAUGAUCCACCUGCAUCAGCCUCCUCAAUAGCUGGGACUACAGGUGCAUGUUACCAGGACCGGCUAAUUUUUUAAAAAAUGAUUUUUUUGUAGAGACAGGGUCUCACUAGGUGGUCCAGGCUGGUCUCAAACUUCUGGUCUCAAGCAAUCCUCCCACCUUGGCCUCCCAAAGUGCUGGGAAUACAGGUGUGAGCCACUGUGCUCAGCGGUUGUUAGUUCUUCACCAGCACACCAUUUUGAAGGAAGAAACACUUCCAAAAGAAGCAACCAAGUCUACAAAGGCACAAUUUGAUUCAAAUGGAUCCAACUGAUUAGCAAAUGGAAAAUAACAUGGAGGAAUACGUUUUGCAUGACAAGCAUGGCAGCUCCAAGUCAUCUCUAAUGAAGCUAAAAAUUUAAGUGCAGCCCAGAGACCGGAUGGUUCAGAAUCUUUGCUUUAUGUUUGCAUCAUUCAAUCUUCUAAACCAGUUGCUUUCCCAGAAAAGGCAUUGGAGAACAAUCCAAGAUGGCCGAUCGGUAACAUCCCGGGAUUGCAGCUCUCAGGGAAGGCGCGGAGAACUAGAGGACGCCACACUUUCAGACAAAGUCUGGUCGCUCACGAAGCAGAAGAUCCCCCAGUGGUGGAAACACACGAGUUGCCAGUGCGGCUCGUGGUCGGCGCAGCGGUUCCGCCGGCACCUCGAAGCGGCAGCGCUCGGCGCAGAGUAAACGGGACCGGUUCCCCUUCUGACCGAGGUUUGGAGCCCCGGGAAGGCAGAGUCGCCUACGACGGAAACAAGAAGGAAGCCCGACAGGAGAAUCCUGGGCAGAAAAGCACCAUCAGUUUUAACACUGCUGCUCUGGCUCUGAGAACUAACAACCUGGACGUCCACUCAAGAGACCUAAUCUGAAAGUUGGUAAUUUCAAAGACGACAGGAGGAUAAAUUUACAAUGACGGGAAGAAACCAGCGUAAAAAAGCUGAGAAUACUCAAAGGCAGAACGCCCCUCCCUCUAAAGAUGAUCACAGUUCCACAUCAACAAUGGAACAAGGCUUGAUGGAGAACGAGCGCCUCCUGAUGACAGAAUCACUCUUCAAGGAAUGGAUAAUAACAAACUUCGGGGAGUUAAAAGAACAUGUUGUAGCCCAACGUAAAGAAACUAGGAACUUUGAAAAAAGGUUUGAUGAAAUCCUAUUGAGAAUAGACAACUUAGAGAGGAGUAUGAGUGAAUUAAUGGAACUGAAGAAUACAAUACAGGAACUCCGAGAAGUAUGCGCAGGUUUAAACACUCGAAUUGUUCAAGCAGAAGAAGGGAUAUCAGAGGUCAAAGUCCAACUUAAUGAAAUAAAACAUGAAGAAAAGAUUAGAGAAAAAAGGAUAAAAAGGAAUGAGCAAAGUCUCCAAGAAAUGUGGGACUAUGUGAAAAGACCAAAUUUACGUUUGAUAGUUGUACCUGAAUGCGAUGGAGAGAAUGAAUCCAAGCUGGAAAAUACCCUUCAGGAUAUUAUUCAGGAAAAUUUUCCUAAACUAGCAAAGCAGGUCAACAUUCAACCCCAGGUAAUACAGAGAACACCACAAAGAUAUUCCUCAAGAAGAGCAACCCCAAGGCACAUAAUCGUUAGAUUCACCAGGGUUGAAAUGAAGGAGAAGAUACUAAGGGCAGCCAGAGAGAAAGCUCAGAUUACCCACAAAGGCAAGCCCAUCAGACUUACAGCAGAUCUCUCGGCAGAAACUCUACAAGCCAGAAGAGAGUGGGGGCCAAUAUUCAACAUCCUCAAAGAACAGAACCUUCAGCCCAGAAUUUCAUAUCCAGCCAAACUAAGCUUCACAACUGAAGGAAAAAUAAAAUCUUUUAUGAAAAAGCAAGUACUCAGAGAUUUUAUUACCACCAGGCCUGCUUUACAAGAGCUUCUGAAACAAGCAUUACACACAGAAAGAAACAACCAGUAUUAGCCUUUCUAAAAAUACACCAAAAAGUAAAGAGCACCAACAUAAAGAAGAAUUUACACCAACAAAUGGAUAAAACAGCCAGUCAACAUCAAAUGGCAGUAACCCUAAAUUUAAAUUGACUAAAUUCCCAAUCAAAAGACACAGCUAAAACCCAAUGGCAUGUUACAUCCAGACCUGUUUCACAUGCAAGGAUACACAAAGACUCAAAACAAAGGGAUGGAGAAAGAUUUACCAACCAAAUGGAGAGCAAAAGUAAAUAAUAAAUAAAUAAAAAGCAGGAGUUGCAAUUCUUGUAUCGGAUAAAAUAGAUUUUAAAGCAACAAAGAUAUAGUGGUAAAAGGAUCAAUGCAACAACAAGAGCUAACGAUCCUAACACCCAGAUAGGAGACUUAGAUUCAAUGAGACAGAAAAUUAAUAAGGAUAUCAAGGACUCGAACUCAGAUCCAGAACAAGUAAACUUAAUAAAUAUUUAUAGAGCUCUCCACUUCAAUUACACAAAAUAUAUAUUCUUGUCAAUACCACAUCACACCUACCCAUAAGUUUAAAUGAAACAUUGAUUGGCCAUUAUUAAUACCCAAUUUUUUUCAAAAUAAAGCAAUAUUUCCAUUUACUCUCCCUCUUUCUCUUCCUCUUUCUUCCUCUCCUUUACUUAUUAUUAUUUUUUUUUCUUUCCUUCUCUCAAAAAAAAAUCAAUUUGUAAACCUCUAGAUCCAGGUCGGCAAUGUCUCUUUCAUUGCUUGAUUUCCUUUCUUCCCUUCCCUCCCUCCCUCCCUCCCCGCUUCCUCCCUUCCUUCCUUCCUUCAUCCCUUCCUUCCUCCCUACCGUCCUUAUUCCCUUCCUUCCUGCCUUCCUCCCCACCCCCCCCCCCCAAAAAAAAAAACAGGCAUUUACUGGCCAGGCACGGUGGCUCACACCUGUAAUCCCCGCACUUUAGGAGGCCAGGGUGGGCAGAUCAUGAGGUCAAGAGAUUGAGAUCAUCCUGGGCAACUUGGUAAACUCCGUCUCUACUAAAAUUACCACAAUUAGCUGGGUGUGGUGCUGUGUGCCUGUAGUCUCAAAUACUCAGGAGGCUGAAGCAGGAGAAUCACUUGAACUCAGGAGGUGGAGAUUGCAGUGAGCCAAGAUUGUGCCACUGCACUCCAGCCUGGGCAGCUGAGCCAGACUCCGUCUCAAAAACAAAACAAAACAGGCAUUUACUGCAUUUUCAUCCACCAGAAGCUAAAAUACCACACUGUCCAGUUCAACACAGAACACCUGGCAACCCUGUUCAUAAGUAUACCUAAGCUUUUUGCAAAGCCAACACCUAGUGCUUUUCAGCUGCAUAGGCCUGUCCUCAUUUCCCCUUGGAAAACUGUUUUAAACUCAGUACUGAUAACAUUCUGCUUCUAUUACAAUUAGCAACUUCUCUCACCAGGUCAUCUAGUUUGGCAAGUGCUAAUGUGGAGUAACCUAGUGUCUUCUUUCAAAACCUCCCAGUGGCCUCCUCCAGGUAGCAUGCGAAAAGCUGCCUAUAGAGAAUUCAGCAGCUGCUUCAGGCCCUCCAGGGCCUUUCUUGCGGGCAUCUUCCUCUACCUCACCAGAUCUCCCUGAUUAUUGGUGAUCUUGGCCCCCCCACCUAAUGAAAAACCAGCCAUUCUUCUUCCCACCCCCAAGGGAAAUUGAUGAGGGGUUCCUAAAUCUGGGAUUCUUUUCCUUCCUUGCCCAAUAAUUGAACCCCUCAGGUCCUUUUACUACCUAGGAAUCUGCAAGGACAACCUUGGAUUUGAACUGGAGCUGGAAGAAUUUGCCCCUAGGUGACUAUCUGGUACAUAGUCUCUAUUGUUCAACUUUUUCUAUUCUGAAGUCUAGAAGACACCCUUGCUUCUGAAAGUGGGGCCUAAGAACCUGUAGCCUUACCAGGGAGCUUGGUAGACAUCCAGAAUCUGAGGCAGGAUUCUGGAUUUAUUGGAUCAGAUUCUGCAUUUAAACAAGAUCUCCCAGUGAUCUCCAGGCAUCUGCAAACUUGAGAGGCCAGGAGAGUGCUCAGGUCCUUCCCUUUCCAUUGGCUGUUACAGGGGAGAAUUCCUGUAACUUGCCCUGUUUAAGAGUCCUUAAUCUCCAUGUUCACUGUCCUCACUUUCCAAAGAAUCCUGAGUGGCUUCCUUCCAACAAACCAUCUGCCUUCCUCCUGACCCUUGAAGCCAGGGUCUCUCUUCUGGGCCCCUUUCCUUUCUUCAAGGCCACACCCCAACUCAUUUCAGGCUGAGGCUCCUCUCUUGAGGCCAUGUCCCAUGGUAGCAUUUCUUUGAGGGCUGCUUUUCUGCUGUUCUUUUCCCCAAGUAGGGCCUCUAAUACUGACAAAAGUAAAGUGCUACCACUCAGAGCUGCUUUAGCCCUUAGAGCUGGGCAAGGUUCUGAGUGGGCCUCUCAAAGGGCCACAGGACAGCCCUUUCCCCCAACUUCCCCAGAAGCCAAGACCACUCACACCACAUGAACAUGCUAUCCUUGUUCUUCUUUCCUGCCAGCCUCAACACAACCAAAAUAGUCCAGUUAUGACUGCCUAUAAAUAGGAGGCACCCGGGGAAGGGAGGCGGGUGCUGAUUAAGAAACAGCCUGGAGGAGGGUCAUGGUUUCUCUGAAGCAAGAAGGAGGUGAGGGUUGAUGCGGAAGGUAUAUUAGAAAUGCUUUAAGCACUUGAUGCUUUGAGGGUUUGGGGAUCUGGGUUUGGAUUUGUUUUUUAAGCUUUCCAAUGUGAAAAAGAUGUCAGAUAACUUCUCUGAUCUGUGGCAAUCAGAGCCUUGUCCGGAAUCAUAACUUAAUGGCUUUUUGGCUCUCAAUUUGACGGUCAGUUUGACUAACCAACAUUUUUUACUUCUAUAUCAUUUAUUACACAAUUGAUUCUGCCCAUAAUAUGUUAAAAGCCUACUUCCAACCUUUUAAAAAGUACCCUUCAAGUGUUGUCCAGAUUCACCAUUAAAAUAGUGUCUUUCUAAAAUCUUAUGUAUUUUAUUCAGCAGUUAUUACGGUACCUUUUUUUUUUUUGACAGGAUCUCAUUUUGUUGCCCAGGCUGGAGUGCAGUGGUGUGAUUCACGGCUCACUGCAGCCUUGACAUCCUGGGCCCAAGCUAUCCUCCCACCUCAGGCUCCUGAGUAUCUGAGACUAUAGGCCCAUGACACUAUACCUGGCUAAUUUUCCAUUUUUGCAGAGACUGGGUCUCACUAUGUUGUGCUGGCUGGUCUCGAACUCCUGGGCUCAAGCAAUCCUCACACUUUGGCCUCCCAAAGUGCUAGAACUACAGGCAUGAGCUGCCAUCACUGGCCAUAUUUUUAUUUUUAAAUCUUUCUAUUUAAAUAAGAAGAGGGAGAGAGAGGGCUUUAAGUGCAUUUUUUCCAAAUGGACACUUUGCCACACGUUCUCAACACAAAUCUAAAGCCCGAAUUGAGAGUAUAAUUUUUCUGUGGAUAUAUCACCUUGAGUAGUCUAAAGGACCAGUUUUAUAAACCUGUUUCCUCAUCUGAGAAAUGCAGUAGCUGGAUUAGUUGAACUGCUCGUCAAGUAAGUAUAAGGAGCCUUCCAAUUUAAGAAUUAUUAAAACAGAAGACUAAAUAGGCAACUUUUCUUCCUUAGGUUUGACUUUCUGAGAUGUCACGGCUUAGUAUUCUUUAUGCAAAUUCUGGAAUGUUCUUGUGCCUUUGGACUAACUAUAGUGUUCUGUGCAACUAAUGAUAUCCUAAUGUGUUUGGGCAGGUUUAAGUCCAGAUUUCCAGGCAGUCUCACUACCUGUGAUUUUACCGAAAAGGUACGCUCAAGGAAACCGUAGAUGGGCAAUGGAUGCACGAUAUAGCUAUGAUGCAAGGGCGCCCUCUGCAGGCCACACGAAGGUGAGCCUGUUUCUUAAAGUGUAGCUCUUCCACUCUUGGUGUACAGCACAACCCUUCCCUUCCUCCUGUAGUAUUCUCAUCAAAAGACGUUUGUUUAGCACUUACCCUGAGCUAGGCACAGUGUGCCUAGGGCUGGCAACACAAAAUUAAAAGCAUCCUAGGCUUAAAGGGUCUCACAGUCUAAUGCUGCACGUCCUAAUCAGAUCAUUAUAAUGCAACUUGAGAGGUGUGUCACUGGAGCUGUGCCUCGUGGCCCCAUUAGUUUACAAUCACAAGUUGCACACAAGAGCCCAAAUCAAACAGCACAGUACAAUGUUCUUUUGUUAGGAAAGGAGAACUGGUGACUCACCAUAGCAUUUUCUCUUUGCACAGAAACAGAUGCCCUGCCCAGAAACAACAUGGCUAAUGGGUGCUACCUUGGAGACCCAGGCAACCUGGGAGUAGUUCUGAGAGCCAGACCUCCAGGGUGGAAAUGGGAGGGGCUACAGAGAAAGGUCAGGAUUUAACAAGUGUGGAGAGCCAGAGUACCCCACCCGCUCUGGGAGGAACAGCAGCAAGGCUGUUGUGAACUUUGGGUGAACUCCAGAGAAGUGAAACAAUAAUAGGAGAAUGUGUAUGUCUCAGAGAAGAGCAGAAGGACCUAGAGAGAUAACCAGCUUUCGCUGACCUUGCUGCAAGAUAGUUGUUAGCUGAAGUAUGUUAACUGAAGUAUGAGAAUUAUAACCACAGGCUGUUCUGGGUAACUGCACCCUCCCUCUGCUAUGUGCUUUGUAAACAUAUAAAAUAAAGUACUCUGAGACAGGUUGGGGCUGGAGAGACUGACAUCUCACUCUCCCCGACUGCCUGGCCCAC